GGGGAGGGGCCGAAAUUUAUCUGGACAGAAUCAGGUGCCAAAAUUUACCUGGACAAGGGGUGGGGCCUGGACUCACCUGGCCGGACUCAUCCAGGAAUCACCUGGACAGGGGAGGGGCCGGGACUCACCUGGCCGGGAUCAGGGGCCAUAACUCGCCCACUCCACCCUCAGCCCGUGCGGGGUCCUGGUAGGUCCCUUGACCCGCCCCCGAGCUCGGGGACAGGUUGUCCCCACUGCACCGGAGCGGCCGAACCGGACUGUGGAGCCCCCCAGGACACCCCGAUGCCGUGGCCACCACCGUCCACUCUGCCGGACACCCCCUUCCCCAACCGGGCACUGGCCGUAGUGGCCGCGGUGGCCGAAGGGCUGCUGGCCCCCGGCUACUGGGCGCUGAACUGGCUGCUGGCCCUGCAGCCCACAACUGACCAACAGGCGCGCUGGCGGCGGCACCGGGCCGGACGUUUCCUYGGCGUGGCCGGCCGUGUCCUGGCGGCGCCGGCAUUGGUCCUGGCGCUGGUCCUGGCGCUGCCCACGGCYGUCCUGGGGCUGCUGCUGUGGCUACCGGCUCAGGCCGCACGCCGGCCAUUUGUCCAUCAGUAUUCAGCCACUGCGGCCACGGCCGAGCCGUGGGACCCACGGCGGCCCCAUGGCCUCACCCUGCUGACCGCUAACGUGUGCCUGCUGCCCAGUGGCCUGGCCCGAUUCAGCAACCUGGGUGACACCCGGCACCGCGCCGCGGUCAUCGGUCAGCGCCUGGCGGCCGGAGCGCCCGCGGAACCUUCCGCUGACCGUGACGGAUUGCUGGAGCCGCAGCUGGACGGGGGCUACGGGGGCUGCGGGGGAACGGUCAGCGCCGGGGCCUGGGAGUGGCCGGAGAGCGAUUYGCGAAUGGUGGACACACAGACGGCAGCUGAUCCACCAUCACAGAUGGCAUGGCCGGAGAUGCCGAUGACCAACCCAACAGCAAUGGCUAGCCCAUCACCAAUGGUCAACCCAUCAUCGAUGGUCAGCCUAUCACCGUUGGCCAGCUCGGCACCGAUGACCAACACAUCACUGAUGGCCAGCCCAACACCAAUGACCAAUACGAUGCCAUGGCUGGAGAUGCCAAURACCAGCCCAUCCCUGAUGACCAACCCAACCCUGAUGACCAGCCCAACACCGAUGGCCAGUCCAACACUGAUGACCACCCCACCACCAGUGACCAACCCCUGGCCACCAGCAGACUCAGUGCCAACACUGGACUUGCCGAUGACCAACCCAACACCAGGACCCGCUCCAUCACUGACCACUGACCAUGGGCCGGAGCGGCCGAUCCCACUGCCCGACCCGAUGCCCUCGGUGCUGACCACCCGCAUCCCGCCGGACACGGACAUCGUGUGCCUSCAGGAGGUGUUCGAUGGCCCUGCGGCCACCGUCCUGCGGCGCCGGCUCGGCCGCCGCUUCCCGCACGUGCUGUGGGGGGURGGUCCGGGGGGGCUGCGCUGCGGCCGGCUGCGGCUACUGGGCAGUGGCCUGCUACUGGCCAGCCGCUUCCCGCUGCUGGCCGCUGGCUUCCACCCCUACCCCAACGCCGCCGGAGAGGAYGCGCUGGCCAACAAGGGGCUGCUGGUGGCACAGGUGCUGUUGGGGACAAGGCGUGGCCG